GUUCAUAAUUUGAAAAUUAAUUAAAUUUAAAAAUUAAAAGAAGAGAAGAUGCUACAGUUCCCGGCGUUCAUGACGCAGUUCCCGUCGACGAUGAGGACUAUUCCGUCGUCACUUUUGCUUCCUUCUCAAUGGCCCCAACCCCACAACGAAGAGCUCCUCCUCGCCAUGGAAGAAUCUAAUCUCGAAGACAAGUUGAACGAAAUCAGGGAUACUAACAGAAAUUUGGUUGUGAUUGGGAAGACAACUGCUGAUAAUGAUAAAGAAGACGAUAAUGAUGCGGAUGAUGAUGAUGCUGACAAUGCAGAAGAAUCUGAGGGUGAGGAGUUUGAGCAAGAAACUGGUUGAAAACUAUACUCUCUCCGGUUGUCUUGCUUACCUCUUAUUUAAAAAUCCCAGUCGUUAGUCUCUGUAAAAGGUCUAGUAAAGACUUGAGAAUUAAGAUAACCAUUAAUGCUAUGUUAUGUUCCCACAAAGCCAGUUUCAGGCAUGUAGUUCUUGCAAGCUUCAAUCAGAGUAUUCGAUUUAGAUUUUCAAUUUACACA